CCGGUGCUACCUAGCGGCCAAGUUCCAGAAGCUCUUACAACUAAACGUCUGCGACCGGCAAAAUUUAGAAUAGCAGUCGAACCUUUGUAUUGUUUUGUUUGUUUUGACAAGGACUUGGUAACUAGAACUUACAUUAGUCGCUAGUGGGCACCGGUGAAACGACUUUCUUCCCGUUCUCCUAAUACUAAAACUUAAAUAUCUAUUUCAUUUCAAAGAUUUUCUAAAAUCCAUUUGCAUAAUUGUAACCGCCUUUUAAAGUUCUAUCGAUUGAUGUGUUUUAUAUAUUUCCCCGUGAAAUUGACCCACCCGAUUGGCUUUAACACGGCGAGAUAGGAAAAGAGUCCCGUCCUCUAGAUGUUGUGAAAUAAAUAUUUUCACUGAUGUGGGAGAAAGAGUGAAGUUUUCUUCGUACUCAUUAACCGAAAAACAUUCAACAUCGUGUAGUACUUCAUCAUUUUUCAACAAUGAACAACACUCUGAUGAAGGUUUUAGCCCUUUACUUACCAGUACAGCUAUUGAUACAAAAAAAAAUUAACUUCUAAGUCCACGGAUAGAUUGAAACAUUGUUUAUCACCAUCGAUGUUUUCUGAUAACAGUACUGAUGAUGAAGCACUGUCUGUUGAAGCAAUGACUUUUGGGUCUCAAUACUGUCAAAAAAGGAAGAAGGUGAAGUCAAACCAGAAUAGUAAUCAAAAACCAUCAACUUCUUCUUUGGAUUAUAAUACUGAACAAUCUGGUAAGAACCCAUUUCUGUUAAAAAGCCCGACAUUGCAGCUGUUGCUGGCCAUACAAUAUCUUUCUUGUGCAGAAGAAUUGGAUUACAAAAGCACCCUGAAUAACGGGAUAAGAAACAAGGUUCAGUCUGUCUCUAAAAGUAAACAGACUUCAUCACUACAUCUUCGGCCAUUUGAGAGACUGGAUUUCGGGAAAUGGAAAUUACCGAACAAUUUCGGAGUCGUAGUUAACAAAAUAUUGCAGAAGAGAGGAAACCUGAGUGAGGCUAAUUUGUCUCUUGUGUGCCGACGUGUUGUGGAUUCCAUCGAAGAAUUUUCUUUAUGCCCCUGCGGGAAUUCAUUAAGGCUGGUGGUACAGCAAAUGUUCACUACCAACCCAUCAACACUUAUAAAUCCGAAAGAUCCAGUAGCAUCUUCACAAGCUAUAGUAGGUAAACUACAGAGAAUUAUAUCUAGACGAAGACAAGCUGCAGGCCAAACCCUUAGUACUAAUGGAGGAAGACCCUUCCUGGAAAACAAGAUUUCCUAUUUGGAUCCAGAUGACAACCUCGACAUGGCAUCUUACAAAAUUAAGUAUGAAAAAUUGAUUAAACUGUACAAAGACAGUGGAAGUACAGGGGUACUUAAGUCACUUUGUAAGCCUACUUUCAAAGGUCGCCGUUAUGAGAUCACCAAAGGUUAUAUAACAUCUCCAGAAGACAUCUUGAAAACCAGGUGCCCGUUGUUGAACCAGCAACAUUAUCUUUACGCUGAACUUGACCUAAUACUUGGAUCCGGUACUUGCAAAAAUUUCAAAAAAAAUGGGAAGACAUUGUACCAGUAGUGAUAGCAGUUUCCCGUAAAUUUCACAAAAAUACAGCGGUGAAAAAAAUACUAAACCGUUACCAAUCUUCAAGAGAAAACAAAUGUUUCGAAAGUGAAAGUUGUGCGGUACUUGAACUGCUACCGGUCAUAAUCUCUGCAAAUUAACGAAGUUGCACAGCCGGAGACUAUUUUUUUAUGUACACGAGGACUCAUCUAAUAUUGCUUCGGCCAUUAAGAAGCACAACAGAGAGACACCCUUCAUUUUGAAAAUUGGGGAUACUAGCUACACAGUUAUUGUGGAUUUCCACCAUCCCGUUCAUCGAGUCUGCGUGUAGUACUGAAGCUCUCCUCCAAUUGAUAUCAGUAUAUUAUGUAUUCGAUAUUCAUUGGUGUAAAAAAGUAUUACCUACUUUAAGACUCAUUAGAACCAUUGUGAUGCGACUUGAAGACGACGUUCCAACACAAUGUGUUUCCCUCGACUUAUUCAUCGUUCAAUUUAAAAAAAUGUAUGACUUAAUGUAUGCUGUGGAUUAUGAUGUUAUAGAUAGUGAUGCUUAAAGUUAUACUGUAUAACAUACAUUUUAAUAAACAACUGAACAUUA